CUCGUGUUAUCUCUUUCACAAUGCGCUUCCUGAACGCUACGCCGUGUACAUGACGCGUCUUUAUUAUUAAGUUCGAACGCUAUUAAUACGCGGCUAGAAUAACAAUUGGCAUGGCCUGCGCGUUGCAUAAAUCGGAUUGCAAUAUACUCGAUGACUGACGGGGAUGGAGACGGUGGAGGACAUGGACAGCUUGGACGACAAGCUGUUCAGUAAUGCAUUCAGGCGAAAUCCACCCGCUGAGAACAGCAAAAAGAGAAUUACGUUUGCAGACGAGGACGACCCGCUAGCUAGUCUGCUGGCCGACAAAGAGGAUCCGCCGCCAAGCCAAAGAAAUCCAGUAGCGGUGAAAGAUAGACGGAGCUUAAUAGACGACUUGUUUAAUAAGAAAACCUCCAAUGAGUCGCUGUCGAGCUCGAGGCUGGACGAGACGAGGGAGACGGGCUCGACAUCCGCGCUAAACGCCAUGGGAAUCGAGAGGCCGAAGACGUCGGACGACAAGGCGAAGAAGUUGUCGCUGAUGCAGAAUUUGUUCGGCGACACGUCGAAAGAGUCAAUUGGCAAGAAGCCCGUACAGCUGGAACCGGAAGCGACGCAGUCCGCGGCCGAGGUUUCCAGGUCGACGUACGCGCCGACGGCUUUCGGAGCGAGAGAGCCUCGUAGAGGCAAAAGAACCACGGAGAUAAUUAACGAUCCUCUAGGAUUGUUCUCGGACGCAGCGUCAAGUCAGGCCGGGCAGGCUACCACAGAAAGACGUGCGGCGCCCGCGGAUGUUAGUAGACAGAAAAUGGAACCUAAAGAAUACUUACCAGAUUGGUUGGAACCUAGAAAAGCACCGGAGGAGAAAAGUGGCGAUUAUAUUCAGGACAGAGUGACGCCUACCGAAGAAUUGUUUAGCAAGCACGGAAGAUCCGGCUCUGAUAAAGUUAUUCAAGGGACAAACGUACCGCAAGAGGAUAGGACAACAGUAGCUAAAAUACUGCCACACGAGAAAGACAGAGUGUCAAAAUUGGACAAUCAAAAGAUAGAAAUCAACGAACAUGAGAAACAGGAAAUGGAAGGAAAUUAUUAUAAAUCCGGCACACACACAACGGCUGUUCCAAUUACCUCAAGUGUAAAUACAAAUUCGGAAGAUGCGCCUAGUUUGAUUCCCAAAAACAUGGGCUACGAAAAUACAAUUCAUAAAUUAGAAUUAGAAAAGUCUCACCUAUCAGUGACGUUGCACAGCUUAAGUGAAAAGUAUGAAAAUGAGAUAAUGUUUCUAGACGAAUCGUAUAAGCGACAAAUAGGAUUCUUGCAAGAAAGAACGGACACGUUGGAAAAGAGAAUGCAGCAAGAACUUGAGUGUUUAGAGGCGGAUUACGAGGCGAAGAUUGAAAAGCUAAGAAACGAGAAAGUACAAAUGGAGACGUUUUACAAGGACGAGUUGCAGAGUUUAAAGAAGGAACACGCGCAAUUUACAGAGGAAGUUUAUGAACGCCAUUCUCAAAAUAUAAGACUGCUGCAGAAAGAGCAUUUUGAUACGAUAGAAAACAUAUUGAAAAUGAGAGAGGUGGAGAAUUUAGCUAUGACAACUAUAGUGACUCAUAAGACUGACUUGCAAAAUUUGUUGCAAAAAGCUGAUUUUAUUAUAGAAAAUAUUAAAAAUGUGCAAGAAAAGACUGACCAAAGAGACGACCAAAGUGUAAAGUUAAGAGAAUAUUAUUUUAAAAGUAAGGAGGAAGACGUGCAGGUACAAAAUGUGGAAAUAAAGAAGCAACAGAAAUCACUGGAACAAGAACGUGAGAAAAUAAUGAAAGUAGCUGACAGAUUAGAUUCGCACGUUGCGCAAUUAAUGCUCGAGUUAGGGAAAAAGAGUACCAUGCUCAAUCAGGCAUUGGAAACAUUACAAAAAAGAGAACAAUCUUUGUCGCAUGAAAAAGAAUUGUUUGAGGAAAAAGUACAGUGGGAGCGUAAUCAUUUACAGGCAAUGAAAGAAUCUUGGUUUAACGAACAAGAAAGGCAGUUGAAGACUUUAGCAAAGGAGAAAGAAGUGAUCGCGGCUAAGAAGAAACAAUAUGAAGUUUUGAGAACGAUAAAAAGUAAUUCGGAUAAUAUUACAAGGAUAGAGUCGACAGCUGCUAUAAAAGCAGCACAGGAUGCCACUGUACUCGCGAAUCAGGAAAGACUGAAAUGGCAAGAAAAACUUAAAUAUCUCGAAGUGCAGCAACAGACCUUGGCGGAAAGGGAAUACCGGCUCUUGGCACGCGCCCAAGAUCUCGAGGGUUUUACACAGAUAGCAUUUGCGAAAAAUGAAGAGGCCGUUAAAGCACUGAGGGACGCUCAUCACAUCGAAAGUGAGCGUAAAGCCAAAUUCGAGCCUCAUCUUGACAAACUUGAAAAGAUCAACUUGGCAAGCGAAAAACUGGCUUUAGAAAAAUUGAAAAGAAAUACAGGUGUCCCGUACAACUAUGUAGAUAAGCGAACAUUAUCUAAUCAGCACGAGUUUCAAGUUACUACUCACUUUACAGAAGUCGUUGAUCCUCAAUUAGUAAUGUUGAAGUUGAAUCUGGACGAUCAAUUGGAUAACAUUCAAUAUAUGUGACUGCCAUGAGAUUUUGAUACAACAUUCGACAAAUGUGUGUUAUAUACUUUUCACGAAAACACCGUCUGCUUAAGUAUUUUAUACGUUAUAUUCUAAGUAACAGACAAUAAAAGUCGAUAUAUUUAUUGUUCGAUA